UACGUCAGUAUAACAGCUGAUCAUGUUUUGCCUAUUCUGUGAAUAGUGAAGGAGACUGAGAAGAAGAAGAAAACGGAGGAAAUAAAUGACCGAUUGUGAAAACAAAAAGGAUAUAUUUAUAAAAACAAUUGCAUCCUAGUUUGGUGUGUCACAUGGAAGAUGUUAGCUGAUGACAUUGUAGAUAUCGAUGACGAUACAACUGUGAUACAAGAAAAGCACAUACUAAGAACUAAAGGGAAAUGUAAAGCCUAUUUACGUAGCACUGACAUAUACCUUGAACUGAAAACAAAACCCCGUUUCGGCAAAUGCAGAGGUGUAGGCGAAUCAGAAUGGAAAUUUCAAUAUCCGAUGGAGCGGAAGCCUAUUGAGAAACCACCAGUAGUUUACAGUACAAUUUCUAGUGAUAUAUGGUACCAUGUGGCGGAUCACAUUCCACCUGAAUAUGUUCAAACGUUCGCUUUAAUAUGCCGUCAAACCGCGGAUUUCGUCAACACUCGCAGAUUUUGGAAUACCAUUUACAAAAAAUACUGCCUUAAAUUCGAUACUGAUAGCAGUUGGAUUCUUGAAUUGCCUGAACACUUGCAGGCCCAUAGUAUACGCGACAGCGAUAAAGCCACUAUGAGAGCCAGUGUGGUAGAAGCGCUCUUUCGUACCUAUCCACCAUUAUCAGAUCGAAUCAAACAAGGAUAUUCUCUUGAUAAGCUACUUGGAUCCACAUACGAAUCUUCCUGGCAUGAGCAAGAAAAUUGUGUUUGGGUUAUGUGCUACAAGUUUCGUCAGAAAAAUGUAGCUGAAGCCAAACAAGUUAAAGAUUUUGCUGAAAUCUUUCCAAGUAUAGCCGAGACCGAUGACUGGGAGACAUUGGCGGAAAAUUCAGCAUGGUGCCGAAAGCAUUACGUUGUCAAGGAAAAACACGUCAAUGAUGGCAUCAGUUUGUUGGUAAUACGUUGCGAACGUUUCAUACCAUUUCCCAACCAAUUGCUUUAUGAAAACGGCGGAUCACGUGUUAUGCUUUCGGCGACCCGACAAAUGCUUGCUAAAGAUAUGUGUGGCACAAAUUUAGAGCUAGAUUUUGGUGGCCGCUCAAGCAAAGUCGUUACCACAGUCAAAUAUCCUAAAGUUGUAAGUUGUAAAGUUUACCCUUGGUGGCACCCUGAUUUCCGCAAAUAUGUUAAAUGAAGUCGUUUAAUAAAAAAAUACUUAAUGUUGUAAGUAAAGUUCUAUAGUGCGUAUGACUGAAUAUUAUUUUAAAUUAA